AUGAACGCUUCUGCUGUUACAACUACCGCGCCGCCUGGCCCGGACUGUGCGUCUCGCUGCGUCACUUUCGUCGCGGAAAGCACCAUCAUUUCGCCGCUCACAUUCGCAACGGCCGUCUCCGGGUGUACGGUCCUCGUCUUCGUCAUCUCUUUCGCCGUCUACCUGUACCGCCGCCCCGACUGCGUGUUUCUAGGCCCGGACGAGGAGAACGCGGGCACGAGCGAUUCUCAGCGACGUGUGGUCGCGAGAUUCAAUGCGGAUUUUGCGAAACCCGGACUCGAUGCUUCCGAGAUUCAAAAGCUGCCGGACUGCGCGGUGUGCCUGGGCGAGUACGCGGCGGGCGAGCGCAUCAAGGUGGUGCCGGCGUGCGCACACGGCUUCCACGCCGACUGCAUCGACCUCUGGCUCGCCGCCAAAACCACUUGCCCCAUUUGCCGCCGCGAUCUCCGCAGCCCCGCCACAGCCCCCGCCCAAGAAAACGACGUGCGGACGGAACCCGGUGAGCACAUCGAGACUUCAGAUGGCGGAGAGGGAGCGGAAUCCGCGGGAGGAGCAAGGGGAACAAUGGAUAGUGGGAUAGCGGGAGCAGAGGCAGCCGCGGAACGGCAAGGAAUGGAAAAUUCAACGGCGACAGAAGCAGAUUGGGGAGCUGACGCAGUUACCGUGCGGAUAGAGGCAGAUUCGCGGGACGACGCGGUGAUGAUCGUACCCAUAGCGGCUGGCGCAUGA